GGACGAACACACAUGUUUUAAGGGUACCGUUGUAAAACGGGCAUUGCCCUCUUAGCAUGUAGGGUCACUGGAAUUUCUUGUACAGUCCCUUUAAAUUAUUAGUUUGGACUGAUGGAUGUUGCCGGUGUGGAUGAGAUGGGUAACCUGGAUGAUAUGCUAGAGGGGGAUGAUGAUCUAGAGGCCGAACUUGCAGCAUUAGUAUCUGGAGGCGGUGGACAAACUAGGA